AUGUCAAUGUCAAGUAAACUAUGUCAAUGUCAAGUAAACUAUGUCAAUGUCAAGGGUCAGGUAAACUAUGUCAAUGUCAAGGGUCAAGUAAACUAUGUCAAUGUCAAUGGUCAAGUAAACUAUGUCAAUGUCAAUGGUCAAGUAAACCUUGUCAAUGUCAAGGGUCAAGUAAACUAUGUCAAUGUCAAGGGGCAAGUAAACUAUGUCAAGGGUCAAGUAAACUUUGUCAAUGUCAAGGGGCAAGUAAACUAUGUCAAUGUCAAGGGGCAAGUAAACUAUGUCAAUGUCAAGGAUCAAGUAAACUAUGUCAAUGUCAAGGAUCAAGUAAACUAUGUCAAUGGUCAAGUAAACUAUGUCAAUGUCAAGGGUAAAGUAAACUAUGUCAAGGGUCAAGUAAACUUUGUCAAUGUCAAGGGUCAAGUAAACUAUGUCAAUGGCAAAUGUCAAGUAAACUAUGUCAAGGGUCAAGUAAACUUUGUCAAUGUCAAGGGGCAAGUAAACUAUGUCAAUGUCAAGGGUCAAGUAAACUAUGUCAAUGUCAAGGGUCAAGUAAACUAUGUCAAUGUCAAUGGUAAGGUAAACUAUGUCAAUGUCAAUGGUCAAGUAAACAUUGUCAAUGUCAAGGGGCAAGUAAACUAUGUCAAUGUCAAUGGUCAAGUAAACCUUGUCAAUGUCAAUGGUCAAGUAAACUAUGUCAAGGGUCAAGUAAACUUUGUCAAUGUCAAGGGGCAAGUAAACUAUGUCAAUGUCAAGGGUCAAGUAAACUAUGUCAAUGGUCAAGUAAACCUUGUCAAUGUCAAUGGUCAAGUAAACUAUGUCAAGGGUCAAGUAAACUUUGUCAAUGUCAAGGGGCAAGUAAACUAUGUCAAUGUCAAUGGUCAAGUAAACUAUGUCAAUGUCAAGUAA